AUGUCCUUUUCGCUCGCUAAUAAAAACAAUAAACCAAGCUUUCUUUUGUUCUUUAUUUCUUUCUUUCUUUCUUUCGUUUUUUGUUUGUUUGUUUGUUUCUUUCUUUCUUUCUUUCUUUCUAUAUUUCGUUCUUCUCUCCCUCCUUUCUUUCUUUCUUUCUUUCUUUCUUUCUUUCAUUGUUUGUUUGUUUCUUUCUUUCUGUCUUUCUUCCUGCCUUCUUUCUUCCUUGCUUUCGUUCAUUCUUUCUAUUUUUCUUUCUUUCUUUUAUCUUUCUUUAUUCCUUCCUCUCUUUCGUUCUUCCUUUCUUUUUUUUUUAUUCAUUUCUUUCAUUCUUUAUUCCUUUCAAACUUUUUCUUUCUUUCAGACUUUUUCUUUGUUUCUUUCUUACUUUCUUUCUUUCUUUUUUUAGUCCUUCCUUCCUUCCUUCCUUUUAUUCUUUCUUUGUUUCAUUGUUUCUUUCUUUCGUUCUUCCUUUCUUUCCUUCUUCCUUCCUUCCUUUUAUUCUUUCCUUCUUUCUUUCUUUCUUUCACUUUGGCUCAUGUUAUUCUCAACACCCUUCUGUAG